GAGUAUUCAUCAAUAAUUAGCAGCGGUUCGGCGUCGUCGAGUGCGCAGACUCCGAAGCCACCUACCACCUCCCCUCCUAGGCCAAAGCGUCUGCUGAUUGUGAUUCUGGUUCUGGCUCUGGCUCUGGCUCUGGCUCUGGCUCUGGUUCAUCCCAACAUCCUUAUUACUCUCGCGCCCGCUCACACACACACUUCGCUCUGGGCACCAGCAGAUCUUGUCCACUUUUGCCACACUGCAGUCACGCUCCCGCAACACGCUCACGCUCACGCCCACGCACGCACGCACUUAGGAGGUAUUAUUAUACGCAUGCCCGACGCUCCACAUUUCUGCCUUGCAGAUCACCGACAAGGCUGAACGCAAAGCCUGUCCCGUCUGCAGAGGAGAAAAAAAAAAGAAGGUCCACAGGUCUGUGUGUGGAGUGAGAAAGCGCAGGAAAGCGUUGCUUCUCCAUACACCAACCCAUCUCGCAUCAAACACCGACCGGCUUCUGUCCGCUGUACGUCACGUCACUCUGCCGUCAACCAACAACCAUUCUGGCUAAGGUACCUAGAUCCUCAGGUAUAUAUUACCUAAGGUAUAAGGUAGUACCAAGUACCAGUACUUCGUAAAGUACGACGGUAUCACUCGCUGCUGGCUGCGCCCGUUCUCAAUGCCUGUCUGCUUAUCUGUCCCGAGUGCUUGCUCCUUCUGACCACCUUUGGCCCUCUGCGCGCUUCCGGACACUACACAAUCACUCUCGUGCGGAGGCGGUGACGAUGGCCCAGGCCUCUCCGGAAGACCCCGACGACUAUGCCAGCGGCGCCGAAUCUGCUGGCGACGACCCUCAUGAAGUCAAGACGGAGUCUGGUCAGGCCUCUCCGUCGGACCUCGGCGGUGGCAAGAGCGCCCCAGCUGUGAACGCUGCUGGCACUUCGCAGAAACGGCGGCGUGUGACUCGAGCUUGCGACGAGUGUCGGCGCAAGAAGAUCAAGUGUGAUGGCAAGCAGCCAUGCACCCAUUGCACCGUGUACAGCUAUGAGUGCACAUAUGAUCAACCUUCCAAUCGACGGAGGAACCCCGCACCACAAUACGUAGAGAAUCUUGAACACCGAGUGCACCGCGCGGAGACGCUGUUGCAUAUCCUCAUUCCCAACCUCGACUUGAACGACCCCGGGAUCGAUGCUGCAGUGGCCCAGGGAUGGAUUCCAGGAGCUCCAGGAAAAGGCAAUCCGACCACUAUUGCGCCAGAAGUAGCACUACCGAAACUGCCGCCAGCAGUGCCACCGCCAGCACCCCCGGAUUCUGCUGAUAAGAAACCAGACACUAACCUGGAGUCCAUGGUUCGCGCUGUAGCACAGCUAGAUAUGGAUGAGUCCGGACACUGGGACUACCAUGGCCACUCGUCUGGUCUCAGUUUCGUUCGACGAAUGCGAGAGCAGCUAGGGGACCUCAUGGGCCCAGAGACAUUGGCAACGCCGUUUGUCAAAACCAGGCCGAUGUCACAGGUGCUGGAUUCGCCCAGGUCAGCUUUUGACUCGCCCGGAGGCGAGUUGUCGCCUGUGACAAGUGUCGAUCUCCCACCGAAGGAGAUGGCGAGGCAGCUGAGCGUAUACGCGAUCAAUGAUGCUGCCGCACUAUUGAGAAUGGUGCAUGGACCUACCUACUGGCAGGCCUUCGAGCGUAUCUAUGCGACUCCAGCUGAAAAUUACACCAACGAUGACAAUUCGUUCCUCCCUCUCUUCUAUAGUGCCAUUGCCCUUGGCAGUCUAUUCGGCAAAGAUGAUGAAACAGUCAUUGACCUUGACGGAUAUGAGAGCGCGAUUCAACAGGGCUUCACAUACUUCAAGACUGCUCGUGGACUCAUGGAUAUCGCCGACUGCAGAGAUCUUUCAUCGAUCCAAGCGGUAGUCUUCAUGAUCUUGUUCUUGCAGUCUUCUGCCAAAAUGUCGCAAUGCUAUGCUUACGUUGGGGUAGCCCUGCGAUCAGCGCUGAGGCUGGGUUUGCAUCGCGCUGCUACUGGCAACUUCAACCCUAUUGAGGCGGAAAGCAGGAAGAGAGUGUUUUGGAUCGUUCGGAAGAUGGAUAUCUAUGUCGGUGCAAUGCUGGGCCUGCCGCAGACGCUGAGCGAUGAUGAUGUCGAUCAAGAGUUCCCCAUUGAGGUCGAUGACGAGUUCAUUACCAGAGAUGCAAUACUGCCGCAACCCGAAGGAGUGGUCUCACUAAUGACAGCGUUCAAUGCGCAUACUCGACUGGUGCAGAUACUGCAAAAGAUCGUGCGUAAAAUUUACCCCAUCAAGAUCCCGGAGCCACAACGAGUUGGGAAUAAGUCGUACUCUAUCUCAUUCUCCAGCAUUCGCGAGAUCGAGAGCGAAUUGGAAGAGUGGAAGAAGAGUCUGCCACCAAUUCUGGCUCCUUGUGAAGCACCACCCAGAUACGCUCGAGUACAGCAGCUGCUUCGGCUGUCGUACGCACAUGCGCAAGUGCUGCUCUACCGCCCGUUCCUCCACUACACGGCCAUGGAGAGAAGAUCAAAACCAGUCGAUCAGAGAGCAUAUGCGUGCGCUGCUUCUUUUGUCAAUGUAUCACGCAACAUCAUUCACAUUGCAUCGCAAAUGAAGCAGAAAGGUCUGCUGAAUGGUGCCUUCUGGUUCAUCAUGUACACCACCUUCUUUUCAAUCCUUGCCCUGGUGUAUUUUGCCGCCGAGAAUCCAGACAACCCUACUACCGAAGCAGUAAUGAAGGAUGCCAUAGAGGGAAGAGAUGUUCUCGCUUCGUUGUCGUCGAGAAGCAUGGCCGCCGACCGCUGCACAGCGACGCUCAACAUCGUCUUUCAAAAGCUGCCAGCGUGGCUGCGGGAGGGCCAGCAGAAUCCUAGCACGAGCAAGAAGAGGACAUUCGAGCAAGGCCCUCAACAACCAGGGCCGCCAGCGUCGCGCAGCCACCCAGAAAUCUCGAUGACCACCCAGGACGCCAAGAGAUCGCCUUUCUCAAGUUUACCAAACGGCUGCACGCCUCCCAUUGGGUCACCAUAUGAAGCUGCCUGGCCACCGUCGGGCGGCGGAUCGUCAUAUGCUCCACAAACGCCUACCUCAGGACCAUACGACACAAACGGAUUCUCCACCAUGGGCCAGAGAGGUGUAUCACAUGCAAUGGGCAGCGCGAUGCAGCAGUAUUCAUUGCCACCCAACUUCGCCAAUCCUCAGCUUUCUGAGCUAUCGUCGAUGAUGUUCCCGACUGCAGAUGAGCCAUUCGUAUACCCGAAUCAGCCGCUGACGACGUUUGAGAACAAUCAACAAUUCGGCAAGAACGCGGGAUAUGCCAACCAGCAGCCCUAUAGCAACAGCAUCGGAAAUUCGAGCCCUGCUGGAUCUGGGCGGGAUGCAACCGAGAAUAUUGAAGCCCAAUUCUACACGUUGCCGCCAUACCUGGAGCAGCAACAGCAGCAGCAGCAGUACCAGAUGCGCAGCAUGCCUCAGCUCGGCGGCGGGUUCUCACAGCAGCAGCCGCCGCCGCCGCCGCAGGCAAUCCCAUACACAAAUGGCACAUCUGCAAGCACGGCGGGGUUGUUGCAACAGCCAGUCAAUGGACAAUGGCAGCAGGGAUUUCAACAGCCACUGGCCGACAUCGUCGACAUUCAAGGCCUCUUUGGAGGUGUGGAGUCGACGUGGAACCCCAUGAACAUGAACAUGAUGCAGACGACGAACUACCAGAAUCAGCAACAGUAGAAGAGAGGUGAUGUUCCUUGCCAGUAUGCGUAGCAAGCGCGGAGUUGAUGUUGUAGUCCGGGAAACGAUACCCAGUGUUUUCAGCCCAGCGUUCAUUCAGCGAUAGCACAGAAAGGGAGAGAUCAGCCUUCAAGGUUCUUGACUGUGUUCUGCCUGUGAUGACUGUCGACAUCUGAUAGGUAUCCAAUUGAGAUGUACAUCGGUACACAGCCAAGGUUGAUGGCUGCGGCGUCCGACGUGGAUACCGCAGUAAUGCAGUCCCGUGAUGUCGUAUGCGAGCAGGGAUGAUGUCGUUUUCUUCAAAUACUUUAUCGGCGGAUCCAGAUCAAGCUUCCCGCAAGCAAGCUCGGUUAGUCGGAGCUACCCGCGUUACCGUGAUCUGAUAGACCCCAGCUCAGCACCCAUUCCCGUUCGUUCCAAUGUUACCUACUGCCCGCAUCGCCGUCCCACUUGCCCAAAGGUGCCUGACCUGAGCGGGCGAAGGAGCAGUCGGUAUGGGACAGACUCGCUCGUUGAAUCCGAUCGCCUUUCUCCCCACGCAGGUCACCUUCUGGGCAUCUGCCGUCUACAUUGCCCUUUUUGCCGUCCUUCUCGUCGUCCACACCACGGUGCCAAGCGCCCCGACUUCUCCAACACCCCUCGCGGGCAUCAAUCUCACCGAAGCCUGGCUCGACCUCGAGUUCAUCUCCGAUGGCUAUCAUCCAUGGGGCUCGCGAAGAAACGACGUCGUGCGCGACUAUCUGCUAGAGCGAGUGGAGAGCAUCCUGGUGAAGAACAAAGUCGGCCACAAGACGGUGUAUGCCACUGAUCGAGGCUUCGCAUCAGAGGACGAAAGCCCGCAGCUGGUGACAGUCUUUGCGAAUGACACGUCCAAUUUCACCAGUCAGGAUGACUGGACUCACGCUCCUGUCACUCUCUACGGCGAGAGCACGAAUCUGAUUGUGUACAUCCGCGGCGAGCAAGACGAGGAAGGCGACUGGUGGAACGGCACGACACGCUACGACGGACAAAGCGGGGUACUGGUGAAUGCACACUACGACAGUGUGGCCAGUGGAUUUGGGGCGACCGACGACGGAGUGGGCGUCGUGAGCAUUUUGCAGCUGAUUAGUCACUUCACGACAGAGAGCAAUCGACCCAAACGAGGCAUUGUCGCGCUCCUCAAUAACGCGGAAGAAAAUGGAUUGUUCGGUGCCCGUAACUACGUGAACCACCCGGUCGCACAGUUUGCCCAUACUUUUCUCAACCUCGAGGGAGCUGGAGCUGGGGGAAGGGCCACCUUGUUUCGAAGCACUGAUGCGGAAGUGACUAAGGCAUACAAAAGCAGCCCGCAUCCAUUCGGUUCUGUGGUGAGCGGAGAUGGCUUCAAACGUGGCUUCAUUCGAUCGGGCACAGAUUACUCAGUAUUCACAGAAGAACUCGGCAUGAGAGGACUGGACGUAGCCUUCUACGAGCCGAGAGCGAGAUACCAUACCGACCAGGAUGGAGCCAGGGAAACCAGCAGAGACAGCGUGUGGCAUAUGCUGAGUGCAAGCAUAGCGACUGUGCGGCAGCUGGCCUCCCACCACGGCAGCAACUUCGAAGGCCGCGCCGACAGAAAUGGAAAGCUGGAUACUGGCAAAGGCAGUAGUUCGUUCUAUUUUGACUUGCUCGGGCUGGUGUUCCUCGUGGGUAAACUGCACACGCUGUUCGCACUAUCGGUCACUCUGCUUGUAGCGGGACCGAUCAUCUUGAUACUGCUCGAGGUUCUUCUGAUCAAAGCCGACAAGUGGUACCUCUUCGCCGGAAGACGCUACUUGCGCUCCUCGGAUGACGAUGAAGCCAUUCGUCUUCAUGGCCGCCGGGGCUGGUCCCGUUGGCUGUUUGGGUGUGUCGUUGCCACUGGCAUCACAAUACUUCUCGCGUAUCUCGUGACUAAAAUCAACCCAUACAUUGUUUACUCCUCGGAGUACGCAGUCUGGGCGAUGUUCUCUUCAGCAUGGUUCGCGAUUGCCUGGCUACUAUUGGCUGGUGCUGCGAACAUCAGACCCACAGCACUCCAACGAGCAUUCUGCCUACUCUGGCUUUACAUAUUCUCUUGGAUCGCACUGGUCAUCACCACGGUGGGCGAGAACAACUUCCAUAUUGCGAGCGGUUACUAUUUCGUCUUCUUCAAUUUCUCGGCACACCUCGCGCUCCUCAUCUCCUACCUUGAGUUGUUUGCACUGCCGACGAAGCAGAAGUACGUCGAGAUUGCGCUCGCUGCACAAGCGGACUCCGCAUCCAUUCGCCCAGCUAGUAGGGCUUCGCGAAGAUUGCUUGACAGUACCGCUGCGGACGAUGCAGGCGAGCCGACCGAAAGGUCGUCUCUGCUCAGUCAUGCAGAUGAUCGCGCUAGUAAGCAGACCUUUGCAUUUGGUCAUCGCCGGGCAGAUCGAGAUGAGGUACCAGACGAUACCGACCAGCCCUUGCUCAGUAGAGCGUACCUGGACGAGCAGGCCUGGUCCUCUUCACUCCCUGCUUGGACGUGGACUCUCCAGUUCCUGAUCCUCGUGCCAAUCAACAUCAUCAUUAUCGGGCAAAUCGGACUGGUCAUCAUUUCGUCCACUCAUCAGACACCUGCAGACGGCAAUUCGGUUCUGACAAUAUACCUUCUGCUGGCGAGUAUAACAGUGCUGCUUCUGCUGCCUCUGACACCCUUCCUCCAUCGGUUCAAAUACCAAAUUCCGACGUUCCUCUUCCUCGUCUUUAUCGGAUGCCUGGCUUACAACUUACUCGCCUUUCCCUUUUCCCGGGAGGCGAGAAUGAAGUACUACUUUGUGCAGCAUAUGGAUUUGGACUCGGGUGUGAACAACGUGACACUGGCAGGGCUUGACGGCUACAUCCAGGAUGUUAUUGCGGAGAUGCCAAGUGCAGCUGGACAGCCCUUUCAUUGUGGAGACACUUCCAUGGUGAACAGAAACGGGCUUGUUAGUUGUUCAUGGCAUGGCCUUCCGCCUAAUGUGGUGCCGAGGGGAUAUGAGGCGCUAGAGUCUGUGAAGAAGGGAAACAAGACGGAAAAGCCGUAUCAGCGGUGGCUCAGUCUCAAUGUCACGCAUGACGGCGACACCGCCCUGUUCAGUCUGCGGGGACUGAAUACAAAGAUCUGCAGGCUGGCCUUUGAUAAUGCUGUCGAGUCUAUCUCGGUAGAAGGCGGUGCUUCGUCACCAUUACAGCGGGCUGUUGGCGACGACGGCAGCUAUCAAGUGAAGCUCUUCAGUCGCGACUGGGACAAGAACUUCCGGGUCAAUGUGACCUGGCCUGCAGCUUCGACAAGUAGCGCAAAGGGUGUCGCGAAAGGACAGACGGGAAGGGCAUGGUGCAGCUGGGCGGAUGUCAAUCAGGCUGGUGCGAUUCCCGCAUACGAUGAGCUGCACCGUAACGAACCUACAUGGAGUGUUGUGACGAAGACGGCUGACGGCCUCUUGGAGGGGUUCAAGCAAUUUGUAGUAUGAUUGAGGGUUUGGCUUCAUCUUUAUUUGACGUCUUAGAGAGAGCAUAGCAUGGCGUUGUAGGGGGUACUAGUGUCUGACUAUAGUAAGCAUUGUGGCAUGUCCACUCACCAGACG